ACAAUACUGUGAAAUUGAUUUUGUUGUUAAUAAUUUUUUAUCGGCUCUUAACUGCCAUUGUUGCGGUGCUCGAAGAACACUCCUAAACUUACUAUAACGGAAAUCAUAAUUAUUGAUUUCAAGCGGAGGAAAGUCUAUAUUUUGAGCAUUUCAGUGGCACAAGUAAACCGCAGACGUACCCGGUUUACCAGAGGCGUGCCAAGCACCGAUAUCAGCACGUGAACCACUGGGCACAGCAUAAAACCGACCGGCAGCGCAAUUGCUUUCAACAACAUGGGCGAACGUUUGUAUAGUUGGUCGUGUGACAGGGCUGGAAAACUACCGACUGCUUUCUAUGCACAGGCGCAGUCGCAGGCACAGACCCAGGUACAGGCACAGGCACAGGCACAGGCACCGGGCGUACUUUGUGCGGAUUUCAGCAAUGCCGGAGCCUGUCUAGCGGGGGGAUUGCGCUACUACAACAGUAACGGAUUGGCCGGGUACAUGCAGCCACCAGGAAUGCUGCCAGGGAAGUACGCCAGUAUUCCGUCCACGCCUAUGCCGACCCACUUGGAUGUGUGCCAGCAUGCUCAUAUGAAUGGUAGCGCUUCCUGCUUCAACCGAAAUCGCUAUAUGCCGUACAAUCACAGUCGCUCCUGCGCGGCUGCAGCGGCUGUUGCCGCCGUAACCGGUCAUCCGUUGCUGCACAACCAUCCACAGCAGCAACAACAGGUUGGCGCGGCCACCUUGAGCUUGACCCGUGGCUCCCAGACGUAUCAGUCAUACGAGUCCGUCUAUCAGCCAAACACCAUGUGCCCUCUACCCCUGCCCAUGGCCCCGACGGCAGCUCCCCCCGCUAUCAGCGCCUCAGUCAGCAGCAGUGUUGCUACGGACCAAGCCAGCAGCAUUGGGGAGGGGUCUGGUCAGGCCUACGCCACCAUUACCGAUCCUAGUGAUGCAGUCACUCUGCAAAUUACCAAUCUGGACUACUCACUGGAUGAGUCAAGUCUGCGCAACUUCCUUAUGAACCAACUGAAGCCCAUCACGCCGGUGGUGUCGCUGAUCUUUGAGGGCAGCUCCUAUGCCAAGGUCACUGUGCCGGAUCUUUAUUUUGCCAAACAGGUCGUGUCCAAUUUGCAUCGAAAGAAGAUUGGGCACAAGCGCAUGCUGGUCAGCUACACACGCGACUCUUCUCUGACCGAGGUCAACACGUUGCGUUGCCAGGUCGCUGGACUGCUGAAGGAUGUUCCGUACUAUACACUGCCGAUGUAUAAGUUCCGAGAGCUUUUCCAGUCGCGUUUCAAAACCUCAAUCAGUGUUCUGGAUUUGUACAAAAUGCAGGACAUCUGUACCAUCAACUCGGAUAACAACGAGGAUAAGUUUAUUAGUCUGCAGCCAGAGCUCGUAAACACCUUGGAGAGCUCACCUCUAAUGGAGGGACUGCAGCACAGUGUCCCUUAUUGCACCGUUCACUUCAAGAAGGAGCAGCACAAGGGAUGGGCAGAGCAGGAUAUUGAGCCGCUGCCCAACGUGUUUAUGACCAUCUCAGAGAUCCAGAAGCUCAUUUAUCCGCUGCUCAAGCAUCAUCCAGGUGACAUACCCGUGGCCACUCUCCUUCACUGUAUUGAGGGACAGUUGAAGGUGUCGAUUAUGGCCAACGAAAGCGGUGUCAACCUGGAGCACUUGGUCUGCUGUGUCCAGGGCAUACAGAUACAGGUGAAUAACUUCGGCAUUAAGAUUCUCGGCUGGUUGGAGCUGAACAAGGAGAUGACGUCCUCGAUUGGAGCCACCUCCUGCGGCUCGAAUUCGAGUAGUUUAAAUGGCAGCGACCGUUCGAAUCUCUCGGGCGGCAGCUACUUUAAGAACUCUGUCGCUGAUCCGCUCUAUCAGAUUUCGCGCGAGGUUAUCGAACUGGUAAAGAUGUCGCCCAAGUCGACGAUGAAGUUCAAUCGCUUUAUCCCGGCAUAUCACAAUCAUUUUGGCAAGCAAUGUCGAGUGGCAGACUAUGGCUACACCAAGCUCAUUGAGCUCUUUGAGGCUCUGUCCUCCGUGGUCCAGAUAAUGGGUGACGGAGAGAAUCGCCAGAUCACUCUAACUCAUCGAACUCAGAUACGUAGAUUCACGUCCGACCUGUUGCGGGUCCUACGAGCGCAUGGUAAUAACUCGGUUCUUCUGUCCCAACUACCGGGCAUCUUUGCUCAGACCCAGAGUCGGAAUUUUGACGUAACUGACUAUGGAGUGUGCGAUAUUGUGGACAUUCUGGAUGGCCUGGUCAACUCCAAUAUUGUGGUCUUGAGCACCGUGCAGCAGGGAAAGGACAUACUCAUUUCAAUGCCGAAGCGCAAGCAGACAAACAGCGAGCUCGAAAAAACCUGCGUUUUUGCGGGGGAAAUGGUGGAGCUCUUCCAGAACUCCCUCCAGUACACAAUACUGUUUCAAAAGUUCGUACGUUCGUAUCACUAUCACUUCGCAUACCAGUGUCGUCUCAGCGACUACGGGUUCCUGAAGCUGGCCGACCUCAUGGACGCCAUUCAUGGUGUGGUUGAAAUGGAGUUGACCGGUGAUGAGGACAAGAAAAUCCUCCUUUCGCCAAAGGUGGCCAGGCGUGUGUUUGCAGAGCAGUGCGAGGACCUCAUUCGGAAUGUCACUGGCAAUUCCACGAACUGCAUGAGACUGGAGCAGGUGCUGAAGUUGCACAAGAAAAAGUAUGGCUACCAGAUGCAGCCACAGACCUUGGGUGUAUCGGAUAUAGCCACAGCCAUCGAGCUGUUGCCCUAUGUGGAGGUACAGCACAAGGACAACGCCACCUGGCUGAUUUGUCACAAUGAUGAUCUGGAAUUCCGCCAGCUGUGUUAUCGGGCCUGUAAGCAUCUACUGCAGCAAGAGUCUGCAGCGCCGUCAGCUACAGUUCAAUCUGCCAGCUCGUUAGCAUCGCCUGCCCCCGAGCCUUUCCCUAAAGCUCAAUUCAUUAGCGAAUUCAACGCAAAACACACGAUCCAGCUUACAGAGACGGCUUUGCUUGCCAUGCGACACAGCAUCGAGAUCUACGAGGAAAGCGAUCAGCAGUGCGUUCGCCUUACCAGUUUUAUGAGGUUUCUGAUCUCGAUAGUCCGAAUGCUGGAACAACGGCCCAGCAUGUAUCUGUACGAGAUCAAGAGCGGACUGGACUGUGGGCUCAGCACAACCUUUGAGUAUGGAUUUCCCAACUUAUAUUCGGUGGUUGCCGCGCAUGAGGAUCUCUUUACGCUUAACAAGGGACCCACGCAGGAAAGGAGCGAUGUGUCACUGAAUGUGAACUGCGAGUUGCGUAUCAGUUCGGGUGUCAGUCACCAGCAUUUGUUCGGCUCCCUGAAGUUGCCCUAUGCGAAGCACAAGGCGCAGCGCCCCUACCGUACUCCCCUGGGCGAACACAAUCGUCCACCACCUGCUCAGGCGCCGCCGCCGCACAAAACCCGAAAAACUGAAUAUGCGAACAGUGUGGCUAGUGCAUCCAAUGCGUCCUUCAAGCCGCAGGUUAACAGCUUCCAGAACUACCAGGAGCAGUAUAACACCAAGUGCUCACCACCGAGUGCGAACUCCUCGUUGCUGAAUAGUUUUGGGUCGAGUGCGGGAAACCUUAGCUUGUGCAACAGCUGCUGCAACAAGGAGAACUCCCUAAACUCGUCCCUCCAGCUGUUCAACAGUUCGUUCAACUCAUCUGGAGAUCUGAACGGUAGUCUUGGAGCCGGAGACUUGACCAACAUUACAUCUAGCACUGCCAUAAUGCCCGGCACUCCGCACGCGCACUCGUCGGGAAAGCUAUGGCAUCGCCGUCAGGCUAGUUUCUAUCCUCAGCAGAUGCAGCAUCCACUACAACCUUCCGCUGUGCAGCACUCGGUAAAUGCAUCUGGCGAUCUAUAUGAUUUGGUUAGCUGUACUGGAACGUCGAUGGGCUCCAUCUAUGAGUCAGCCAAUCCUGAUGGGCACCCCUCAGAGAAAUUACCUUUUUGGAUCGAUCCCGUUUGGAGCAAUCAAUUGGAACAGCAACUGCCAAAUCAAAAUGUACUCAAUAUUCGUCUCCCCGAACUAAAGUCGCUUAAUGUGUUGCCCAUGCUACUGUCCCCGUAUACUAUAUCCAAAAAUGAGAACAUGAAGCGACAGCUAUUUAAUUUCGACAAUCAUGACCGUAAAAUAGCUUAAUAAGGCGGAAACAAUACAUUUCUGUCCUUUUGAUAAAGCUAAAUAUUUUUUAUUUUAAGCGCCUUUUUUCAACAAAAACUUAGCUCUUAAAAUUGUAAAGAAGAAGAGAAGGAAAGCGAGCAAGAACGAGAGGGGGAUCAAGUAAAAUAGCACUCCAGGAGAGUCGAAGUCAUUAAAGUCCCAACCAACAGCCUCGCCUCAGAUAUUAAACCUUUUUUAUAAAUCGUUAAUUAAAACAGAUAUUUUGUAUUAGCUGUUAUGAACAAAUUUGUAUAAUUCAAUUUUUUCAUUUGUUUUGUAUACUUUAUUAAAACGCUAUAUAAAUUGA